AUGGUAAAUUUACAGUUCAGCGGCUUUGCUUUCUCUAAGUCUUUAGAUCAACAUUAUACACCAUUUGUUUUUCCAGGCACUGACGAAGGCCACUGCCGACUGAGGCUAGUCAACUUUGAGGCUCAUGAAAACCAAACUUCCCAUGAGACGCAGGGCCUCAGCAAAAAGCACCUGGUGGUGCGACGAGGGAAACCGUUCAAAGUCACUCUGCUGUUUGGCAGCCGGUCGUGGAGUCGUUACACCGAGAGACUGGUCCUGAAGGUUUGGCUAGGUAAUAUGUCAAAGAGGAUCCCAGUCCAGUUCUCUGAUGAGCAGUCUGAUCCCCAAGGCUGGUCAGCCAAAAUCUACCCAGGCGACAGGCAGCCAAAGUCCGUUACUGUCCACAUCUGCUCCCCCGUUCUGUCCUCGGUGGGUCUGUACCAGCUCCAGGUCCUCAUAGAGGCCACGCAGAACACAACGAGCUAUGCAGUGGGAACAUUUGUGCUGCUCUGCAACCCUUGGCUGAAAGAGGAUCCCGUGUACAUGCCGUUGGAUGUCCAAAUACAAGAGUACAUCAAGAAUGAUUAUGGGUUGGUGUACAUGGGCACCCAUCUGAACAAUAGUGGGCAGCCCUGGUCGUUUGGUCAGUAUGAGCCUGGGGUCCUGGAGGCGUGUCUGCAGCUCCUCCAGGUCAGCCCGCAGCACCGCAGAGACAAAAACAAAGACUACGUCCUACGAGCAGACCCUGUCUACCUCAGCAGGGUGGCCUGUGCUAUGGUGAACUGUGAAGAUGACCUGGGUGUUUUGAAGGGGAGGUGGCAGGGCAGCUACAAAGACGGUGUCAAGCCUACAGAGUGGAGCAGCAGCGCUGACAUCCUUCACCGCUGGGUCUCAACUAACUGCAGCCCCGUGCGCUAUGGGCAGUGCUGGGUCUUUGCAUCUGUCCUCUGCACAGUGAUGAGAGUGCUGGGGAUUCCCUCCAGGCUGGUGACAGUUUUUGAUGCAGCCCAUGACAGUGAUGGCAACAUGAAAAUUGCAGAAUAUUACUCAAGCACAGGGGAAAAGCUCAACCUGUCAAAAGACAGCAUUUGGAACUUCCAUGUGUGGGUGGAGUGUUGGAUGAGGAGACCAGACCUCGGUGCAGGGUUUGAUGGCUGGCAGGUCGUGGACCCGACCCCCCAGGAGAAGAGUGCAGGGACGUACUGCUGCGGCCCUUGCCCGGUAGCCGCCAUUCAGCAGCGCUGCCUCGGCACCCCUUAUGACUUCGCGUUCAUCUAUGCCGCUGUUGACGCUGAGGUCCUACGACUGAUUGUGCGCAACGGACGGGUGGUGGGCAAGACAGUGGACACUGAGUGGGUGGGACGGCUCAUUUACACCAAGAGCAUCGACUCAGACAAACCGGAGAAUCUGACACAGACUUAUAAGAGCAAGAUUGGAAAAAUGCCACCUGGUUUGGAGGUGUCCCUGAACAUAGAUGAGGUGCCAUCACUGGGUGACAGCAUCGUCAUAUCCGUGACGGUCACAAACCCGUCGAGCGGCCCCAGGGUCCUGAUGGCACACCUGAACGCUCAGCUGAAGGAAUACAACAGCAACCCGCAGGAGAGCUUCUGGAAAACACGCAGAAAAGUGCACAUUCAGCCAGGUGGAGUUUUGAAGCUCCACCACACCAUCCUUCCCUCUGAGUAUGAGUCUGUCCUGGCAGGUGAUGACAUCGUGAACGUGGCAGUGGUGAUCAAGGACGUGAUGACCAAGGAGAGAGUCCUGGCUGCACAGGAGAUCAGCAUGAGCGCUCCACCGAUUACCAUACAGAUUGAAGGAGGGAACGGCGUCCAGAUGAAGAAGGAGCACACAGCCCGGGUGUCCUUCAUCAACACUUUGACCAAAGCCCUGAGUGGAGCUGUGCUGACCAUCGAGGGAUCCGGCUUGUUGCAGGGCAAACACGAGGCCAGACUGGUUCUCAUGCAGCCAGGGGACAAAAUAGAGAAGACGGUGUCCAUCAUGGCCACCUCGCCUGGCACUAAACUGCUGAUGGCCACGUUCUCACACAGCAGCAGCCCCGGCAUCGUUUCCAGGACUUUCCACAAAGUCUCUGUCGUAACUGGAUGA